CGUCGGGUCGUGAAGCCACCGUGAAACAAUCUAAAAGCAGCAACUACACAUACAACUCUGCUACAUUCAUUUAUUCAAAAAAAAAGAAGUUAAUAACGAAGAAGAAUUCAAAAUACAAUUUUCGAAAUUGUACGAAUAUAAAAUUCUAAACAAAAACCAAGAUAGUGUAAUGCAAAAAAGUUUCAAAGUCAAAGAAAGUUUGUAAAAAAAGAAAACUAUUUUAAAACAAGAAAAAAGCAAACUAUUAAAAGAUAUAUUAAAAAUCAUUCCCUUUGAAAAGUUAUUAAAUUGUAAAAAAAGUAUUGAUAUCAAAUUCUUAAAAAAAACAUUAAAAACGUGUUUGGCAGAGAGGAGUUAUAAAAACAUAUUGUUUUUGUUGUUGACUAGUGCUUGCGGGGAAGGCAAAUCAAAUUCUUUUGACAAUCGUAAAUUUGCAAUACCGUUAUUUUAGGUGUUGUUCGAACAAACCUCACACAACCUCACUCACCAUUGCCAUCGCCAUUACCACCUUCACCUCUGCAGCAGCUUUUUUUCUUUUUCUAAUUUUUUUUGGGAAGAAAAAAGCAAAAUGUCAAAAAACAUGUGCCGUCUGAAGUAACGUGACUAUUUUCCCCCCGCCACCAAUACCAACACCGCCACCACUCCUCUAACGUUGUCCGUUGUAUUAUCGUUGUCGUCGUCUAUGUUGCGAGAUUUGUUUAUGCCAACAACGUUGCUACAGAAAAAAUGAAGAAUUUUAAAAAAUCUUAUAAAUUAAUGUUUAUAUGAAAAUUUAAUUAAAACAAAAAAAUUCUUCAUAAGAAAAAUCGAAACAAGUGCUUGAAAACGGAUUUUGAAAAAAAUAGCAAACCAAAAAACACAUAUACACAUACAAACGAAAGUUUUUUGCUACUUUUUACUAAAACCAAAAAAGUAGCCUAAUUUUAUUUUACAAAAAUAAAAAUACAAAAAAACACAAAUCAGCGGCUGGCUGCUGAAUGCUUUUUGGGGCCUGAGAAAAACAAGGAUUACCAAAGUUUUUUCCUGCCCAUUGAGCUACAUCAACAACAUCAUAAUAAUCAUCAUACAAAAAGAAAACUUUAACUCAUUGUGUUAAAGAACAACAACAACAAAAAACUCAAAAUGCAUUGGAUUAAAUUAUUACUAGGAGCCUGUCUGGUGCUCUCAAUUAUUAUCGAAGAGGUUCAAUCAUCCGGCUUAUUUGAACUGCGUCUGAAAUAUUUCAAAAACGAUUAUGGCAGGGAUAGUGAAGGCAACUGCUGUAGUGGUCAAACGGAUGCGGCGUCGGGCAAAUGUAUUGGCGGUUGUAAAACCCGGUUUCGCGUGUGUCUAAAACAUUAUCAAGCGAAAAUCGAUACCACCUCACAGUGUACGUACGGUGAUGUGGUAACACCCAUUUUGGGUGAAAAUUCCGUAAAUCUAACCGACUCGCAAACGCUGCAAAAUAAAGACUUUUCAAAUCCCAUACAAUUUGCCUUCAAUUUUGCUUGGCCGGGUACCUUUACACUAAUCGUGGAGGCUUUGCAUGAUACCAACAAUACGGCCAAUGCUCGUUCAAGCAGUUUACUGAUACAACGUUUGUCGGUGCAACAAGUCUUGGAGGUUUCGCCCGAAUGGAAAACCAACAAAUCAGAAUCUCAGUAUACCUGGUUGGAAUAUGAUUUUCGUGUUACCUGUGAUCCUCAUUACUAUGGUUCGGGCUGUGCCAAUUUGUGUCGUCCACGUGAUGAUCCCUUUGGUCAUUACACUUGCUCGGAUAGUGGUGAAAUUAUUUGUUUAUCGGGCUGGAGAGGAGAUUAUUGUGAUAAACCCAAAUGUGCCAAAGGUUGUGAACAUGGUCAUUGUGAUAAGCCAAAUCAAUGCAUCUGCCAAACUGGCUGGAAAGGACCUCUCUGCAACGAAUGCGAAGCCUAUCCCGGCUGCGUUCAUGGCACAUGCACCAAACCCUGGCAAUGCAUCUGCAACGAAGGCUGGGGUGGCCUAUUCUGCAAUCAAGAUCUCAACUACUGCACCAAUCAUCAUCCCUGCCAGAAUGAUGGCACCUGCCACAACACCGGCCAAGGUUUGUACACUUGCAUAUGUCGUCCCGGUUUCAAUGGUCCCGAUUGUCAAUUUGAAAUUAACUCUUGUGCCGACGAGAAUCCCUGUCAGAAUUCUGGUACCUGCAUUGAAGUUGGCACCAAAAGUGGCUACCGAUGUGAGUGCAAGAAGGGCUGGUCCGGUCGUCUGUGCGAGGACAAGGAUGUCACCUGUGCCGACAAGCCCUGCAUUCAUGGCUCCUGUCGCGACACCUCCAAGGGGUUUCAGUGUGAUUGUCCCACCGGCUACAGUGGUGCUAUGUGUGAGAUCCAUGUUGACACCUGCGCCCCAAAUCCUUGCCACAAUGGUGGCACCUGUUCGGUGACUACGAAUGGUUCGCAUAAAUGUCAAUGUCCCAGCGGCUUUACCGGUGCCUUGUGCGAGGAGAACAUCGAUGAUUGUCAAGGCAAUCCCUGCCACAAUGGUGGCACCUGCAUAGACAUGAUCAAUCAGUUUCGCUGCCAAUGCGUGCCCGGCUUCUUGGGCUCCCUAUGCUCGGACAAAGUGGAUUUGUGUCUAACCAAACCCUGUGCGAAUGGGGGAACCUGCAAAAAUCUCAGCAAUGACUACCAGUGUACCUGUCGUCCGGGCUUCACGGGCAAAGACUGUUCGGUGGACAUUGAUGAGUGCAGCUCGGCGCCCUGCCACAAUGGCGGCACCUGUGUGAAUCGUGUCAAUAGCUUUCAUUGUGUGUGUGCCCAGGGCUUUCGCGGUCAGCAGUGCGAUGAGGAAUCCUAUGCUUCGGCGACUUUUGAUGCCCGCCAAUAUGAGGCGGCCAGCACUCGCAGUGAUGGACUGACCAGUGGUCAAGUCAUACUGAUUGCCAUAUUGUCGGUGGCCAUGCCCUUGGUGGCUGUGAUAGCAGCUUGUGUGGUAUUUUGCAUGAAACGUAAACGCAAGCGUGCCCAGGAAAAGGAUGAUGCCGAGGCGCGCAAACAGAACGAACAGAAUGCUGUGGCCACGCUACAUCACAAUGCGGGUGGUCUCUCGAGUGUGGCGGUGGCUGCCUUGGGGGUGAAACGCGGCUCCAGUUCCGGCCUGACCUUUGACAACUCCAAUCCGAAUAUCAUCAAAAAUACCUGGGACAAGUCGGUGAACAACAUUGCCAGCUCGGCCACAACCGAUGAGUGCCUGAUGAAUACCUCUUUGUAUGGCGGCGCCUUGGCCAACUAUGCUGCCGAUAACAAUGCCAACUCGGAGUUUUGUGGUGUGGGCCAAAUCCAGCCCCUGCAAAGGGCCAAGUCCCAGAAGCAAUUGAACACAGAUCCCUCCCUAAUGCAUAGGGCCUCCCAGCUAUUGGGGGCUGUGGGCGGCGCUAACGGAGGCUCCGGCGGCGGUGUAUCGCACAACAGCAACAGCACACAUGCCACAACCAAAGAGUAUGGAGCCAGCUCCUCGAAUGCGGCGGAGGGCAAACGCAUCUCCGUGCUGGGAGAGAGUGCAUACUGCUCCCAGAGAUGGCCCUCGCUGGCGGCCCAGGGUGUGGCCGGCGGCUGUGGGGCUGCCUCCAGCUCAGCCAGCGUAGCGACGUCAGGCCAAAGAUCUAUAGUAUGUGGUACUCCUCAUAUAUAAGACACACUCAUAGGACAAGUAGGCAAAACAACAAAUUUUAGGUGUAAAGUUUAAACAAGAAAAAAAAAACAAGAGAAAAACAAAAACAAAAAUGAAGAUUUAAGGAAACCAAGCGCUGUUGAAUAUUUUUAUAAAUAUAUGUAUGUGUUUUUUACAAGACGAACGAUCAAACGACGACAUCUCCACUAGCCCCCCACUCCCCCCAAUAUCUCAAGAACUACGCUCACCUAACUAUCGCUAGCUACUCUUUAAACUAUACAUCUCUCUUUUUCAAUAACUACCGCUCUCUCUCUCUCGCUCUCUUUAACUGCUAUAUGAAUGACUUGUUCCAUUGCUCUCUUUUUGAGUUGUGCUCUUAGAACUUUCAGAGAGUCAUACUAUGCCUAUCCCUCUCUGUCAUACUAUGCCUAUCCCUCUCUCUCUCUAGCCCCCUCUAUAAAUAAGUUUAAAGAAAACAAGGACUGAUUUAUAUGAAAAAUUAACUAAAAAGUUUUACUUUAAAAUAAAACAAAAAAUUGUGUAUAUUUAAAAUUAAACAAAGGAAUUAUUUAACAAAACAAAAAAAUACUUAAAUGAAAUGUUUAUUAAGUGAAAAAAAAAGAACAGUAGAAGUUUACUCACAAGAAUUUCCUUAACUCUAAUGAAUGAAAAAACAAAAACGAAAACUGCUUACUGUACACAUUCCUCUCUUUAGGUUUUACUAUCAUGGCAUUCUUUCCAUAAUGCUUUUUCAACUCUUUAUUAUUUCUAUGGUCAUUCAGCCAACAAUAAUUUUUUCUAUGGAAAUUUUUUUCCCCAAAAGAUUUAAAGCUGAUUUUUUAUGUAAAUUUAUAUUGACUCUUUGAAAUACCAAAAACAAAAAGACAAAGCUUUUAAUCUUUCCCUAAUUCUAGAUGUCCUAACCAAAUCCUGUCCAACUCCUUUCCUUAAAACAAAAACAAAAAUACUUGACGCAUGUUCAAAAUUUAUUUAAAAAAGAAAACUUAAACUUUUUUUGUAUAUAUAUGAAUAUUUAAAGUUUGAAUAUUUUUUCUCUAUUCCCCUCCCCUCAUACCCCAUAACCCUUCAAAAAAAAAGCCUUAUUAUGUUUUUUUAAAUUUAUUUAAAUCUAAUAUAUUUUUUAUUAAAAUAUAUUAAGUUUUGUUUUCCCCUACCCACCCCUUUGCCAAUCCUUAAAUCCUGCUCUAGAUUUUUUUCUUUUAAGUUUAAGCUCUUUUUUAUGCAAAGAGCUUUUAAUGUAUAUACUAGUUUUACCUUAAAUAUUUUUAAGUUUAUCUAUACAUAUAUAUAAAAAUAAAUAAUAUAAAGAAAACAAACAAAAAAACAGAACAACAAACGAAUUGGAAAAAAACACAAAAACAACUAUUUGACUUAAACAAGAAAAAAAAAACUCUAUUUGUAUACAAGAUUUUUUUUUUUUAGUUUUUAUGUUAAUUUUUAUAUGAUAUUUCUUUUUAUAGUUUAAUUUAAAAACAACAAACCCUAACUUUAUAUAAAAAACAAAACAAAACAAAAGACAAACCGCAAAACACAAAACGAAGAAGACAUUUUGAAAAAAAAACAAACCUACCUACUAAAUUUUUCAUUUCUACCCCUCAUAUUCUAUAACAAAAACAAAAAAAUAGUGAUCAAUUUCAUAUUUUUUAUUAUUUUUUUUUACUAUUUUUGUUUGAAAUUUCUAUGCGAAAAAAUAAUAAAUUUUACAUUGAAAAAAUUUGUAAACAAA